CGAAUGAAAACAUGUUUUGAGUUAAGCUGGCUUUGAGUUUUAAAUAUUAUAAUUUUAAAUAAUUUAAUGAAUUUCCCAAUUAAAAUAUGAUUUAUUAACAUUUUAUUCUUGAGAAUAGUUUUAUAAACUUUACCCAUAAUUAGAAAGUAGAACAAGAUGAGUGAUUCGGACAGUGAAGAUGAAAAUAUAAUCCGGUAUGGCACUCCACUCGAACCAUAUGAAGAAGAUGAAAUACCAUCAAAGCGCAAAUACCAACAACCAACUGACCAAUAUGCAGUCGACGAUCAUGGAAGGCGUAGGUUCCAUGGUGCCUUCACUGGGGGCUUCUCUGCUGGUUAUGGUAACACAGUGGGUACUCCUGAAGGAUGGACUCCGGCCACUUUUAAAAGCUCUAGAGCUGAAAAAGCACAGCGUUCUAGUCAAAGACCAGAAGACUUUAUGGAUGAAGAGGACAGAAGUGAAUUUGGUAUUGCUCCAAAACAAAUGCUGACACAGGGAGAGUUUUCUGGCCAGAAGAGAACCAGACAGAAUAGAUACCAUGAUGGUCCCAUACCAGGUGAACCAGUACUAGAGCAACUAUUACGACCCGUACACGAAUCGGCCGCUGUUAAAAUGUUACGGGCUAUGGGCUGGCGUGAGGGGCAAGGCACGGGAGAGAGAUUAACUAGAAUGGAAAAGAAAAAGGCAAAGAAACAGCACAGAGUGUAUGGGUGUUAUAUGCCGACUGAUUUGCGACAGGAAAAUCAACAACAAUCAGAAGAUAGUUCAGACUCGGAGUUCGAAUACGAAGCCCUAUUCGCGCCAGAUGAUUAUGAGCCUUAUAUCCUACAGCCUAAGAACGAUCGUUUUGGUCUCGGUUACAGUGGCUUGAGUAGACACUCAGUAUUGGGCAAUUUGGUCGGUGAAUACGGUAGUAGUGAUACAAGGAGCCAUUUGGUUAUGAAGGAGAAAGGGAAAAAGGUCUCAAUCCGCGGUCAAGCGUUCGGCGUGGGAGCGUUCGAAGCGGACGACGAAGAUAUUUACGCAAAUGAAGAUAUGUCACACUAUGAUUUUGCGAUAGGGGGCGCUAGUGAGAAGAAAGUAGAGAAGAAACCUAAAGAGAGGGGGUGUAAUGUAUUACCAGGUUUCGUUAAAGCAAAGAAACCUCUGCCCACAGUGCCCUCAUACCCGCCGCCUGUUUUGCCCCGAGACUAUAAACCUGCCCCUGCUGGUGUAAGACGCACCAGGUUUGAGGCAACUAGCGUGCCUCAGAGGGAUCAAGCUCUAGGCCGCCAUGAAUUAUCUGCGGAAGCGCGUGGUAAGCUCCUCGGAGAAACACCAAUACCACCCCUAAAGGAAACACCACAACCCACACAAACAAAAACAAACGAACAAACACAAGACACAAUCAACAAAUUAUUCGGGAAAAAUAUCAAUUUCGUAUCAACCAAUGGCAAGAAAGAAGAAACACCGGACUUUAUUUCCAUAAAAGAUUCUGGGAAAAAUGUAAAACCAGUGUUUAAACCGUUUGCUAGUGAUCCGAAAAAGCAAGCGAGAUAUGAAAAAUACUUGGUAGAUAAAGUUGUGGAGCGAGAUGGCGAUAUGGGUAAUGUGUGGGAGAGAGAUAGAGAGAUGCUCGAGUUUGAACAAGCGGCCAAAUUGUAUAGGCCGUUGUCUGGUGUUAUGGGCGAUAGAUUCACACACGCAACACAACCCGACGAAGCAUUAAACCCACUAUGCGCAGUCGCGAAAAGUUCUACCAAUUACGGCUUAGCAACUCCAGAGAUGGAGGAGGCAGCCAAAAUGGGAGCGUUUGGUGUGAUGACGAGACGGAAGGUUGAUUGGAGACCAGAGGCUAUCGUUUGUAAACGGUUUAAUGUGCCGGAAUUGGGAGGGGGCAGUUAUGCACCUCAAAAAGAAGACAAACCGAAAGUAUCCUACUCCAUUUUCUCGUAUAUGGAAUCGUCAGUACACGAUAAAGACAGUUUUACUAAAGAACAGACUAAAUUUAGCGGAUCCAAGUCAUUAAGCACAGAAAAUAAUAAACCUCAAGAAACAGCGCCAAAAGUACCAGAAAAUAUACCAAUACCAAAUACCCCACACAAAAGAAUGACGGUUGCAGAACUAUUUCUAAAGGAAUCGGAAAGAGAUAUGCAAAAUAAAGAAACGCCGCAAGCAAUUACCGAAACUAUAGAGAAAUUCGAUAAAAUGGACCUCUACAAAGCCAUAUUUUUAAGCGACAGUGAAAAUGAAGAUGAUAAAAAGACGGAUAAAGAUUUUAUAGACACCCCGAAGAAUGUUGAACGAAAUACAUCACCUCCUCGUGGUAUAUUCGCGAAUAUUGACUUUGAUGAAAUUAAUUCAUGGCGAAGGGCGCCAAAAGAAAAAGAAGAUAAAAAAGAAGCAACACAGAGUACAGAUAAAAAAGCUGAUACAGAUAAAACAAAUGAGGCAGAUAAUAAAAGUACAGAGGAACCUGAAGUUUACGGUCCUCAAAUUCCAGUAAACUUACAGAAGAGGAUAGAAACAAAAAGCAACGAAAAUUUUAAGCCAAAGUUUAGAAGUAGAGAGGAGAGAAAAGAUGACUCUGACUCGAGUUCAGACUCGUGGGUAGACGCGAAAGAAGUGAAACAUAAAAAGCAUAAAAAGAAAAGUAAAAAACACAAAUCGAAGCAUAAGAAAUCGAAACAUAAGAAAAAAGACAAAUAAAUAUAGGAUAAUAAUUAUGAUUA